GCGAGGACGUAGAUGGAGGUGAAGUUUUCGCCGUUUCAGUUCAUGUUAACACAAAACACCGCGAGAAGGCCAGUCGUCGUCGAUUGGCGUUCGUUGGUCGAUGUCUGUACAAUUUUGAUGUCGCGCUAUGUGAAGUGCAGGAAAGCAAGUGUGUGCAUGUGUAAAAGGGAGACGGUAUAAAAAUUAUGUGAAUGUGGAUAUCGAGUGCAAUCCCCCAUCGUUUCAAAUAAACUUUCAAAAUUGACUGUACAGGCGAAUAUGUUUCGGAUAUAUUAUAUUUACAAGGAUAUAUUAGAUAUUUAAAAGAUUGAUAACCUGAAGAUGAACACGAACAGAAACGGGUUAGAUGGCGAUUGUAACUGCCGUAUAAAACUUAAACGAGUCCUUGCGAUUGUUAUGAGGAAGGAAGGAUGCAGAGGUGAUCCUGGAGAUUUUUGGAUGUACGAAAACGGUUAUUUAUUAUUUCAGGGAUUGCUUUCUGCUAAUUCAAUCUGUUGGUGGAAUAACGGCCUAAACGGAGCUACUAAAAAUUUAGUUUAUAAUGGUUACGUGAAUCCUGGUGCGCUGCUGGUUGCAGCAGAACCUUGUGCCUUGGAAAUUUUGAGAAACGCUUGGUCUAGAAGGGUUCUCCAACCACCUCCAGGAUACCAAAUAGUAGCUUUAGAAGACAUAGAAGAAUCAACGAUAACUCCAGUACCACAAACCCAAUGGACACCUCUUCCGGAAGCAGUUUGUUCGGUUGUUUUGAGGUUAUCGAGUCAAGGAAGACCGGCCGGUCUCGAAACAAUAAGAGAAUCUCUAAUAAUGGCUUUUCCACAUGUAUCACCUCCAAGUGAACAAGCUCUUUACGACACCUUGGUACAAUUAACGAAAGAAAAGAAACUCUAUAAUACAUCGAGCGGUUAUUAUAUAGUUACACCAGAGCGAAGACGUUCGAGGAGCCAAUCAAGAGGAAGAAAGAAAGAUGAUAUUGGUGUCGAUGCCUCAGCUAAUAAAACGAUGCUCAUGUCGACUGAAGAAGCAGUGGUUAUGGUUCACGGUGAUAUAGCUACUAUUAGAGACGGCAACGUUACACAUCAAUGUAUACAAACCAAUUUAGCCGACGUUAUAUGCGGAGGUAAUGCCAGCGAUAAAAUACUGUACGCUCGUACCAAACGACGUUCCUCUUCGUUUCCUUCUCCCAGAAGUCCAGACAGAAGAGGAUCGUUCAGACUUUGGAAUUCCAAUAGAAGACUUCGAAGAUCAGCUUCUACUAGAACAAUCGCUAAACAUUAUGUGGAUACAAGCAGUAGUACCGAGUAUCCCCAUAGUGGGGAAUCUACGCCCACUCCAAAAAAAGUAUCAUUACUAUCAAGGCUGUUUAGAAGAUCGAAACGUUCUCAGUGCCAUAUCGGAACGUUUGGAGCUCAAUUUCCACCAACAGAAUGGUUCAAUUCAAAAGCUGUUCAUUUACAUAACGUUGGUACCCAAACAGCCACACCAGAUAAGGAAAAUGGUAUUAACAUUGCGGCAUAUAUAGAAACAUGCGAAAUUAGUUCUUCUAGAUCGGCAUCUUUACCACGAAACCACCGAAGACAACUUUCCACUGAUUUAACAUUCGCCACUCCUUUAACUGGAUCGAGAGAAAACUCCCCUGUAUCUCGAUACAUAAAUUCGUCUUAUUCUAGUAGUACUUUACCGAGAAAACACGCUUAUAGAAGCCGGGAAAGUUCGAGAAAAGCGAGUAAAAAUAAACCGUCAACUAACCAAGAAAAUAAACAACAAGAACUCACCGAAACCGUUAUUAAUGAAAGACUGUGUUCACCUUCAUUAGAUUCCACCGCGAAUUUAAGCUUAGAUGAUAAUUCUAGCUCAAUCGCAGAUUCCCCGGUGAAAAAUUUAUCGAGUAUUGAUAACAGCGGACCGAGCAGUAUAGAAUCUCAUAAGAGCAGCAAGACCGGUAGCUCAAUAACGAGCGGACCAUCCAGUUUGGAAUCCCACAAAACCGUCAUCAAUAAAAGCUCAAUAGAUUCACUUUCUAGAAACGCUAGAAACUAUAAAAAAGAAAGUAGUCCAAAAACGAACCACCAGAAAUCUUCCAUGCCUCACAGUAACUCGUUCACUCUACAAGUAACGAGCGGUACUUCUUUUAAUGGUACCCCCGGGGCGAAUACUAAAAUAUUUGUACAGAAUUCACCGGUCAGAUCGGUUAUAACUUUCGAAAACGGACAGGUCGAGAAGAAUCCUAACGUGGUGAUUAUAAAUAAAGAAAAAGAAGAUAAGGAACCUAAACCUACGAAAAAUACGAACCAACAAGGUUUCAAUAACACCGAAACCAAAUUCGAAGGAAUGAAUAAUAACCGUAAAUUAUCCCUACAACUCCCUAGUAAAGACGGACUAAAUUACCACAACGUUAUAAAGAACGUCUCUCAUAAUAUCGUUAAUUCCAACCCGGAUUCUCCGAUAGCUAAUUCUUUCAGAGAAUUUUCUAAGAAUUCCUUCACCAGCACUCCGCCUAGUCCUACGAAAAGUUACGAAGGAAUCCCGAUGUUUUCUUCGAUUAAAUAUCAGAAAAACGAAGUGGGAUCCAAUUGUUUAGAUAAAGGAAAAAUAUUGGACAAAAACGUCGUCGGAUCCGAACCUAAUAUCUGUAUCAAAGAAAGAACUUUAACUAGGGAAAACAGCAAUCAUCAAUUUCCCAGUUUGAGUGAUCUAAGUUUCAAUUUUACCAGUCUAACGGCACAGAAAAUAUUGAAAGGUGUCAGUAUAAACAGCGUGGAUACGCUAGUCGAACUUAAUAUGGCGGCGAAUCUUGAAAAACAAAAUAAUUGCGACGUGGUACAUACCGAUUUCGGUCUCGUGUAACUUCUGUUAACUUUUUAAUUAAAGUUAACAGUAAGGUUAAUCAAAACUCGAUGAAAAGCACUGCGAUACAGAAAUUGGCUCAAUAAGAAGCUACAUAAAAGUUAUUUAGGACACUCUGUAUAAUCAUUGAAAUGUGUCAACGUUCUUAACUAUUAGGGUAAUCCCUUUGCGGUCCCUUUAGCUCCUGGGGGCUACCAGAAUUAGAGCGUGACUGUUGUAUUUCUGUAGCUACAUGUCUCUUCAUCUCUUUCCUACAGUAUAAGCUCCAAGGUUUGCUAUUGCCCUCUAGUCUCAUAUGUCCAGGGCUCCUGAGGGAUUUUCAUCGUUAACUGCCUUAUAACAAUCAACUUUGAUAGUCAAAAGAGUAAAAUUAACUACAGUACAUAAGUUGACUGAAUAAAAAGCUGAAUGAAUACACAGAGUUAAAAGUUAUUUGGGACAAUCUUUAUUAUUAUUAUCGCCUCGUCGUUCUUGAUUAUCUAGGUAAUCUCUUUGAAGGAUCCAUAGCUCAUGAGGACUUCCAGAAUUGUAGCUUGAUUGUUGUUCAGGAUGUGUAUGAUAAUUUCAACUUUCAUUCCAUAAUAAUCUACGAUCUUAUCUGUGUCUAAAUCGAUUUCAAUGUGCCCUGGGAUUAGACGUACUUAGUUGCAGUAUUUCCUUCUUCCAGUAUGAAGGUUUCGGUUAAUCUGUAGCCCUAUGUCUUUCUCUUUCUCCCUUUACCACAUCUUAAGAUGUUCUGAACGAUUUCCAUUACAGUUUCGGGUUCUGUCAAUGAUUCAGUCACAUUGUCUUCUCUAAUGCUAAUUUUAUGAGACUCAAAUGUUUUCUAAGUAAUGUUGAGACUCACUAUAUAUAAUAUAAUAUGGAAAUAAUUCAAAAUUUUGCUGGGACGCCUAAUCUAAUACAUCUAAUCUUCACUAAUACAAACAUUAUAUGGUUCAAUGGUCUCCUGAAUAGAUUAAAGACCUGGUAUUUAAUUUAUGACUUUCAGUAUUGCAUCGAUUCAAAUAGAAAUAAAAUUAUAUAAAUUUUUGAAAAAAUAUAUAUGAAAUUAUUAUUCGAGUCACCCUAUAUUUCGAAAUUAUUUUGUCCAUUCCGAAUAAUUUAUAUAUUCAUAAGAUUAGGUGUCUAAAGUGAAGGUGUACAGGUGUACCAGUACUUAAAAGACAGUCAAAAAUGACCUAAAGAACUACAGACCAAAUUCUUUUAUUACUAAUAUGUUGAAUAUCUUCUGGUGGAACAAUUUUACAUCUAUCUUGGAAUAAAAUAAUCAGCAACUGUUAAUUUGUGUGUAGUAAGGGUUAGUUGGUUUCUAAAUUGUUUCUAGUAAUGCAAAUAUGUGGUGAUGUUGCAAUAUGAAAUACCUGAGAGGUUUCAUAAAUGGAAAAUUCUCUACUAAGAUCUUUAUAUGGGUCACUACUGUAUAUUUCGUAUAUUUCUCCAUUAACGCAAAUAUUAUGUGGUUAAAUUACUUAGUAGGUAACAGAAAUUAAAUCACUGACAGUUUUCAUACCUUAAAAACUAUUAUUAUUUUAUUUGAGACACUCUAUAUUUCAAAAUUAUAUACUAAUCCAAAUAAUAUAUAAAAACUUAAUGAUUAGAAUGAAGAUCUGAAAAACAGGAGUGUAUCUACAGUGUUUUGAGGUAGCCAGGAAUGUACUAGAAACAAGGGUGAAAACCCCAUGGAAUUAUUAGAUAAUUACGUGAAAAUCAACUCAGAACUCUAAUUUUUACUUUAUUAACAUACAUUGAGCAAAAAUUCAAUGGGAGCGUUGGCUUUCCAUGGUUUUAGAAAGUCUGGUUCGUAACUUGUUUUAAGUUUCAAAAAUGACUCUAAAUUUUCAGCUUCUUACUCAACUUCUGAUAUAGAUAGUCAGCACUCCAAAUGUCAACUUCUUUGUCUUACUGUUGCAAUCUGGAAGACUAUUCCAUACGUUGUAUAUAAGACGCGACAUUUCUUUCAAAAUUAAUUUACGUACAUACAUUUCUGGACCUCCAACUCUUGUAAAUAGUUUUUCAACUCUGUAAAUUUUCCACUACACAAAGUUUUACUUUUUAAAUCGAUCAAUAUGUAGAUUUCGUUACUAUUUGUGUUCGAAGAAUAUACUAUGAAUACUAGAGGGUUUUGUUACUUAAAUCUGUCAUCAACAGUUGCACUGGUUCUAUAGCGAUAUUGCUUUCAAAAUUAAAAUUGAAAUACCGCUUUGAAUAUCUUCAGAACAAACCAAUUCAUCCACUGAUAGCUUUCUAAUUCUUUGCAAUAAAUAAAAAUGUUUGCAACCAUUUGUCGCUAUUCAAUUCAGGGAGUUAUUUAAUGUCUUUUUCAUUUAGGAAUGUAUUUAUUUCAUUCAAGCAUAAAGCAAAACGUUUCAACACCUGGCUAUGAUAGUGAAGAUGCUAUUAACAAUAUUGAUAACCAAAUUCAUAAUCUUAACAAAGCGAUUCUUGCUGUAUUAUGCAUUACUACUAUACAUUACAUUAUAGAAGGGUACUUCUUUGCUGUGAAUCUUAGAAAAUUUCCAUCACUAACAGCUUCAAGAGCUUUUUCUAACACCUCUUUUGUCCAUUUACCUGGAUAAUAUGAUAUUAUGUCUUAGAAUUCCAUACGGGGUAAUACCGGCCACUGAUCGAUUUUGCCCGCUUAGAAUGAUUGACAUAACCUCAAAAUAUGAAAACGGUUUCUUUUGUUUGUCACGAAAAACGUAAAUAACUUUCACAAAAUCUAACAAGCACAUGGGAUACGAUAGUAAAUGUAUAAUGAUAAACUUUCAAAAAUCUAUUGAAUGUUAUAAAUCACUUUAAACUUACCUUUGAUUGUGUUUUUUAUAACAAUAACAAUAAGUCCGUACUUUUACACGACUGUCAAACUCACUACACGAAAUAUCAAAUUAGACUAAAUACCCAAAUAAAAUGUCAUAUAUUGAGGAAUAGAUUCUGUCAAUUUUAUAUGAUGUGUGUGUGGGUGUCUCUAUAUGACAAAAUGACUGUUUUUUAACGUAUUUUUUAUUAAAUUAAUGUCGAUAAUCAAACAAUGUAAACGUGGCCUAAAAAUUAUUAUACACAUUUUGAAAAUUAUUAUGUAUAAACCAGUUAGUGGAUAGUAUGAUUUUUGUAACUUUUUGUAUAUUUAUUAUGAUAUAUAAGAAAAAUGUAAUAAUACUUUAUUUACACAAAAUCUAAUUUUGUACAGCUUUAAUAAUAAAAUAUACUUAUAUAUGAA